UGCAAUUUCGUUUUAUUGGAUCAACGUUGGAAAGUGGAAUAGCAGGACAUCACGCCUUAAUUUUUAUAUUUAUUUUUACUUUUCCAUAUUGACCAUUUCAAUUUGCUCUUGCCUGAUGAUCCAUAGCUUCAUCAACCUAAGCUGACUGCAAUUUGAACCAGAUCAACAGAAAUCUUCAUCCCCAUCAAAGAUGACCAGUGAGCCGUCCCCAUCUCUUCUCAAAGUCAAGGUCUUCCCCUCUUCCCCUGUACCCAUUUCUCCUUUCCUCCUCCCCUUCACCACAAAAACUAGGUAGAAGAAACCAUACACAGAAAAACAGAGUGAGAGGGAGAUGAGACUUCAAUUUCCAGAGAUGGGAUUUCGAUUUCUGCUCCUACCAGUCUUCUUUCUCCUCCAGCGAUCCAUUUUCUUCACCAACGCGGCUAACGUAUCUCCAGGUUCAACCCUCUACGCCUCAAACCCGAGCCAAACCUGGUCUUCCCCGAAUCGCAACUUCUCUCUGGGCUUCAUCUCAGCCGCCGACGGCUCAUCCUCUUUCUUGGCUGCCAUCUCCUACAGCACCAUCCCCGUCUGGGUCGCUGGCGGCGCCGCCGCAGCUGUCGAUUCCAACGCCGCCUUCGAGUUCCUCGCGUCGGGCACCCUCCGCCUUUUGAAUGGCUCCCGCGCCGUCGUCUGGGAGUCCAAUACCACCAAUCGCGGCGUCUCCGUCGCCGCGCUCGACGACUCAGGUAACUUCGUUCUCAGUAACGGCACCGCGUCGGUCUGGUCCACCUUCGAGAACCCGACCGAUACGAUCUUGCCGUCGCAAAACUUUACUACUGACAAGAUUUUGCGAUCUGGGUUGUACUCUUUUACUCUUGCAAGGUCUGGUAACCUGACACUUAAGUGGAACAAUAGUAUAGUUUACUGGAACUUGGGUUUGAAUUCUUCCUUUAAUGCGAACCUCACUUCGCCUUCUUUGGGCCUUCAAUCCAUUGGGAUUUUAUCCCUUUACGAUGCCUCCUUGUCGACUGCGGCAAUCAUGGCUUAUAGUAGUGAUUAUGCUGAAGGUAGUGAUAUACUAAGGUAUGUGAAGUUGGAUGCUGAUGGGAAUUUGAAGAUUUUUAGCUCUGCUAGGAAUAGUGGAACUCCAACAUUGAGGUGGGCUGCUGUUGAAGACCAAUGUGAAAUAUUUGGAUAUUGUGGGGACUUGGGGAUUUGUACUUACAAUGAUUCGGCUCCGGUUUGUGGAUGCCCAUCUGAGAAUUUUGAUCCAAUUGAUCCAAAUGAUAUGAGAAGUGGGUGUAAGAGGAAGGUGAAGAUUGAGGAUUGUCCAGGGAGUGCAACUAUGUUGGAACUGCAGAAUGCCCGAUUCUUGACUUACCCUCCCGAGCUAUCUUCACAAGUCUUCUUUGUGGGUAUAUCUGCUUGUAGGUUGAAUUGCCUCGUCAGUAGUUCUUGUAUUGCCUCAACUGCAUUGUCAGAUGGAACGGGGUUAUGUUACUUGAAAGUGCCAGACUAUGUUAGUGCGUAUCAGUCGGCGGCCCUGCCAAGCACUUCAUAUCUCAAGGUUUGUGGCCCAGUGACACCAAACCCUUCCCCUUCUUCUGAGAGCCUUGGCAAAAGCAAGGAUUGGAAAUUGAAAGCAUGGAUAGUCGUCGUUGUGGUUGUGGGUACCCUUGUGGGAUUGAUCAUCUUAGAAGGGAGUCUCUGGUGGUGGUGCUGCAGAAACAGCCCCAAAUUUGGCACUUUGUCAGCCCAAUAUGCACUUCUCGAGUAUGCCUCUGGUGCACCAGUCCAAUUCUCAUAUAAAGACCUCGAACGAGCAACAAAGGGAUUCAAGGAUAAGCUUGGAGCAGGAGGGUUUGGGGCUGUUUACAAAGGGAUUCUUGCAAAUAGAACAGUUGUUGCAGUGAAGCAACUUGAGGGAAUUGAACAGGGAGAAAAGCAGUUUAGGAUGGAGGUCGCAACGAUAAGCAGUACCCACCAUUUGAAUUUGGUAAGAUUGAUAGGUUUCUGCUCUGAAGGACGUCACCGGCUACUAGUAUAUGAGUUCAUGAAAAAUGGGUCACUUGAUAAUUUCCUAUUUGAAAUGGAUGAGCAGUCCGUAAGGUUAUUGAAUUGGGAAUAUCGGUUUAACAUUGCCCUUGGCACUGCAAGGGGUGUUACAUACCUUCACGAGGAAUGUCGAGAUUGCAUUGUGCACUGUGAUAUUAAGCCAGAAAAUAUUCUUUUGGAUGAGAAUUACGUUGCCAAAGUGUCAGAUUUUGGCCUCGCCAAACUAAUAAAUCCAAAGGAUCAUAGAUACCGAACCUUGACAAGCGUUAGAGGGACGAGAGGAUAUUUGGCUCCAGAAUGGCUUGCAAAUCUCCCGAUAACUUCCAAAUCUGAUGUGUACAGUUAUGGGAUGGUUUUAUUGGAGAUAGUGAGCGGAAGAAGGAAUUUUGAGGUCUCGGCAGAAACAAAUAGGAAAAAGUUUUCUGUGUGGGCUUAUGAAGAGUUUGAGAGCGGUAAUGUGGAGGGAAUUAUUGAUAAAAGACUAGCUGUCCAUGAUAUUGAUAUGGAGCAAGUGAUGAGGGCAAUUCAGGUAAGCUUUUGGUGCAUCCAAGAGCAACCAUCUCACAGACCCAUGAUGGGAAAAGUGGUACAGAUGCUAGAAGGUAUUACGCAGAUUGAGAAGCCUCCGGUCCCUAAGGCUGCAACUGAAGGAUCAGUUAGCGGUACCAGUGUAAAUAUUAGCAGCAAUGCAAGCGGUCUCUCCACCUUUGGAGCAUCAGCUCCACCGCCCUCUUCAUCUUCCUCAGUCCAAACUCCAGGAGUCCCGUCCUUUUCGGGGAGGACUGUGGAGAGGGCAUCUUCAUCUCUUCUACGUUCAGAAGGGCUGCAGUGAGUGAUUCUCUUCAUAUGCUUUCUAUUUGCCAGUGAAAACAAACUGCCUUUGGAAGCUCCUUCUUUGGAAGCAAACAUGGAAAGAAGAAACUGGAGGAAGCUAGCCAGGAAGGCCCUUUGACCUCCAAAAACAAUUCAUGAUUCUGAUAUCAUAUCCUUGUGAUUCUUGUUGUAAUUGUAGUGUAUAAAUUUGUCAAGAUCCAUACUAGACAAGCAAUUUGUACAAGUGUAAUUUUGGAUCAAUGGAAAAAUCUGGAAUGAAAUAAUGUUCAGAACCA